GGUAAUAAUUGCUACGUGCCAUCUUCAAAGAUAUAUAUAUCAAGAAAAACGCAAUAAUUUUGAAUACUUACCCAGAUAACCUGGCCGCAGUACUUCAAAGGCUGGGACGAUCUGACGGACAGACAGAUAGAUACGUUUCCGAAGCUGACGUAUCCUUUACUCAUGUUGCUGGCAGAAGAUCUUAACUUUCGAUACAACAUGAAGCAGGUGGACGUAUACGGGGUGAACAAGCAGGGCAGGUUCGACGGGCUAGCGGGGGAGCUGCAGCGGGGUGAGGUGGAGGUGGGAGUGGCCUCCAUGUUCAUGAGGACCGACCGCCUGCUGGUGCUGCACUACUGUUCUGAGACUGUUGAGCUCAAGGGAGCGUUCAUCUUCCACCAGCCGUCGCAGUCGGCCGUCAGCAACGUGUUCGUACUGCCCUUCAGCCGUGGCGUGUGGCUGGCGGCAGGUAGCUCAUGCUGUGGCGCCGCGCUACUCCUGGCCGUACUCGCCAGUGUGGUGCGCCGUUUGGACCUGCCGGACCACCGCGUGGCUCGACUCCACCUGGCCGAGAGCUUCACCUUCGCUAUUGGCACCAUUUGCCAGCAAGGCUCGGAGGUGACGCCACAGCUGAUGUCAGCGAGGGUGCUGAUGCUGUUCACGCUGCUGAGCUGCGUCUUCGCGUUCACGGCGUACUCCGCAAAGAUCGUGUCAAUCCUGCAGUCACCCAGCAGCGCCAUGCAGACCAUCGACGACCUGGCGCAGUCACCCAUGCAGCUCGGCGUGCAAGAUACCACCUACAAGAAAGUCUACUUUGCGGAGAGCAAGGAGCCGGCCACGCGGCGCCUCUUCCAGCGCAAGAUACAGCCGCAGGGCGAGCGCGCCUACCUCAGCGUGGUGGAGGGAAUAGAACGUGUACGCACGCAGCUGUUUGCGUACCAGGUCGAACAGAGCUCCGGCUAUGACGUCAUCAGCAGAACUUAUACUGAGAGCGAGAAAUGUGGUCUGAAAGAGAUCCAAGCGUUCAAGCUGCCCAUGGUAGCCGUUCCCAUCCGCCGUCACUCCGGUUAUCGGGAUCUCUUCGCUGUAAGGCUGCGUUGGCAGCGCGAGGUGGGGCUGAUGGGGCGCGCGCGGCACACGUGGCUGGCGGCGCAGCCACAGUGCCGCCAGGCGGGUGGCGGCUUCGUCAGCAUCGGCAUCUCCGACGUGCUGCCGGCGGUGCUGGUGCUGCUAACGGGCGCCGCGCUGUCGGCCGUACUGCUACUUCUAGAGAUCGCGGUUCACGCGCUACCCUCACACCCGCCCCCGCUAAGACAAUGGUGCACUAAAAACUACGAGAAAUAAAGACACUCUUCUAAUCGAUUUGUUUUAUAUUUAUAUUUUGGAUAGUUGACGUUACCA